UCCGAGGUUCGGAAAACAGUGGCGCGUCUUAGGUGAGAAGCUGGCGGGUGACAGGAUCGGGGCGGCGGAGGUUGUCCCAAGCCGCCUGCCUUUUUCCGAAUGAAAGCAAAGCGCAGGUACGCUUAGGAUCAGGGUCCGAAGCCCGUGUGUGACGUAGCCCUGGUUCUCCCCGGGCUGCACGAAGAUGGACAGCGAAGUGCAGAGAGACGGGCGGAUCCUCGAUUUGAUCGACGACGCGUGGAGGGAAGAUAAGUUGCCCUACGAAGAUGUGGCAAUACCGCUGAAUGAGCUUCCUGAACCAGAACAAGACAAUGGUGGCACAACAGAAUCUGUAAAAGAACAAGAAAUGAAAUGGACUGACUUGGCUUUGCAAUACCUUCAUGAAAAUAUUCCUCCGACAGGAAACUAGUGUGUCUGUGAUACUUCUUGCAGUAAUUAAAAUGUUACCAGCACUUCAUCCACAUCUACCUGCUUUAAUUUGGAAAGAAAACAUUUGUAAAACUUCCAAUCCUGAGUCACUGAUUAUUAGGUCUUUUUAGAUAUAUCAGAGCCUUAGAAGCUGCACACAAUAAGUGUGUGUAAAUUAAUAAUUCCUUAAAACAUGUCAGGUUGUUGUUUUUACAUCAUGUUUCAUUGUUGGGGUCUGUGAUAUGAGCCAAGGAACUGUUCCCAGUGGCAGUAAACAUUAACCCAAACUGUAUGGUUAAUGUUAGUCUCUGUUUGGUACUUGGUUGCAAGCUGAUUGUAUGACCUCACCAGACCAGUCACACUAUAUCAUAUUGGAUGUUUAGAUCAAGCAGAAGAGACAAACAAUCUGAACUUUCUUUUAUGAUCUCUAUGAGUCUGUCCUAAACACUGCUUCUGAGUAUUAGGCAUUAAAAUAAUUUUACACAAGCAUUUCUGAAGAGGUAAAAGAAGGUUUGCAGUUCGUAUAUUUUUAUUACAGAUCUCCUUCCCAGUGCCAUAGAAAUCCUGUUAACAUUUAUUCCAUGUAUUUAUAUUAAAGAAAUGUGUUAGUAA